AUGGCGACUUGGAGGUCACUUCGUCGAAAGUUUUUUUAUAAAUUUAAACCGUGCCUGGCUCAUCCUUCCUUUAUUUUGCGCCCAUAUCAUGCUGUAUCAAUAAAGUCAAGCACGUAUUGCCACAGAGAAACAUAUUUUCAAAGCCGUGAACGGACAAAUCCGACAGGAAAACGAUGUGUUUCUGGCAAACCUGGCAAGGCUGAAGCGUCUAUUGUUGUCCUCGGAAACCCAUUCCAAUGGAUUUCAAAGAAAAUAAAGAUAUUUUUAGUAAAUUCUUACUUUGAUGCAGAUUUUGAAGAGGAAACGUUUAUUAAAGGUGCAAAACAGGCUGUAGUUACAGUAUCGGCUUUAGUAACAGAAAGGAAAUUCAAUCAACUCAAAGGUUUAUUGACUGACGAGGCAAUUGAGAAAUUAGGAGAUGAAGUGGUAACUGAAGAUAAUAUCGAAGCAUAUCGUAUCACAAUGGAUGAUAUUAUUCAAACCACUAUUUUUGAUGUUGGCUUCCAAUAUGAUAAGACAGAAAAUGGUAGAAAGUGGUUGCAUAUUAUGGUAUCAUGCAUAUGUCAAGGCAUGAAGAUUGGGAUAGAAGAACAACACAGUAACACAUUUAUUAGAAGUUCAUUACCCCGCAUCACAAGAUACAGUUUUUGUAAAGAGUGCACAUCAGGGAUAGACGAUGGCUGGAUAAUUACCCAAAUGAUAAACAUUACACCUAAAAAGGAGAUACAUUUCAAAAAGAGGUCUCCAUGAUCUCUUCACGAUGCUUGCAAACUCUUGUAAUUUAUUUGUAUAAAUUCUAAUGUACAUUUUCUUCUGCCUUCAACACUUGCUGAAGUGAUAACACAAUGCUGGAUCACAUGGUUAGAAGAACAGAAAUGGGAGAUUUUAAAUGGACACCUUUUUAGUGUAUGACAUCUGUAUUCAGUUGGAAUAAAGUCAUAGAAACAGUAGACAAUGUCUAACAUUAUCAUAUGUUAAUGAAUGCAUCGU